GAAAAAGAUCUGCUUGAGGUUUGGCAGCUGUUAUUGCCUAUUAUAUAUGGCUUCCUAGAAAUUGUUAUUUUGUACUAAACUCAACCGAGGCUGCAGGGAAAAUAAAGAAUAGUUCAGAUGAUUUUGCUCAGAUUUUUUCAUGUAGUCAGAAACGUGCAAAAGAUCUUGCCAAGGCUGCAAGCCUGGCAAUCCAGGUCAUGUUUAAGUCUAUUUUAUAUAGGAAGGGAAGAGGAAAAUUUGAAAAUUGUGUUAGUUUUCAGAAAUAUGGAGGCUCUUGUAUAUGUUAUUGUGGCCUUCAUGUUGUGUGGUUUUAUAUGCUUUUAAAUAUUUUAUGCACGGUAGAGUUACCGACAAAAUUGAUGUAUAUGCUUUUGGUGUUGUACUCCUUGAGCUUCUAUCCAAUAGGAAACCCAUUAACAACGAAUCUCCAAAGGGCCAGGAGAGCCUUGUUAUGUGGGCAACAUCAAUCUUGAAAAGUGGGAAGAUUUCCCAGUUGCUUGACCCAAGCCUUGGCAGUGAAUACAACGAUUGUCAGAUCAAGAGAAUGGUUUUAGCUGCUACUCUUUGUAUUAGACGGGUUCCUAGAUUGGGACCUCAAAUCCGAGUUGUAAGUCCUUUUUCUAUGCAAAUUCAUUCCCUUCCGUUUUGUCUCACACUGUGUCCUUUGGGUUAUUAUAAUAAUGCCUUUUUUACUUACUCUUCCGCCCUCAGCUUGUUAUUGAGGCUGGAGUCGGUAUUGCUGUUUUAGUGCGUUUCUUUGUUAAUAAAAGAGAAAUGGAAUCUGAAAUCAUUGAUAGACUUGGAAAUGGAUUCUGAGGUUGUUUUUCUGUUCUUAUUUAUUCCCCAACCCCAUUUCAUUGGUUCUGUCUGA